CUAUUAUGUUCUACAAGUGUCUCCUAUUGCAAUCCUGAACCUUAUGCCAUGGUCCAGAGCACAUAGGAGAUUUUUCUUUUGGGUCCUAGCAGCAAAACUAAAAGCAUGAUAUAGAAAUUAAAAAGAACAAUGGAGGUUUGUCAUCUUGAAACAUUUCCUUGAUAUUGUUGCUUCCCCAGAGUGGAAAGGUUUCCCCAGGAAAUAGAUUUCCCCCAUUGAAGGUCUUCAGAUAAAGACUAGAUUGACCUUUUUCUUGUUAUAGAGAGAGAUAUUUUUCCAAUCUCUUUAAUGGACCAGAUUGGCUUUUUCCCUUUUUUUUUUGAAAAUAAUUAAUUAAUUUAGAAUAAUUUUCUAUGGUUACAAGAUUCAUAUUCUUCCCCUUCCCUCCCCCAUCCCUUCCCAUAGCUGAUGCGCAAUUCCACUUGGUUUUACAUGUCAUUGAUCAAGACCUAAUAGACCAGAUUAAAGGGCCAUAGUUGUCCCUUCCAACUCUGAAAUGUUGUGAUUCUUCCCCUAUCUUGUCUCUGUAUCUCUGUGGAUCCUGGACUAAGUCUCUCCCCACCUUUCUGGGGCUGAGGUUCCUCCUUUUAAAAAGGAAGAUGGGAUGAUCUCUAAUCUCCCAGGAAUUUAGCACCUAGGAAAACAGGGCCAGGCCAUGUCUCUGUAUUUCCAAUGGCUCAUUUCCUGAGGAACUGGAAAGAAGGAAUCAUCAAAGGUCCUGUCCCUGCCUAUCCUUCUAUCCUUCAGCCAUUUCCAGCUAUCGAACAUGAUCCUGGUCUCCUCUCUUCUGCUACUGAGCCUCUGUGAGUCCAUCUAGCCCUCCUCCUUAUCCCCCACUCUCCCUUCCACUCCUUACCAGUGAUUGAAGGAAGCAGGAACUAGGAUAGUUGAGUGCCCAAUAAAAGAACUGGGGGAGGGGGGUGGGGCAAGCUGUGUAGCUCAGUGGAUUGAGAGCCAGACCUAGAGACAGGAGGUCUUAGGUUGAAAUCUGGCCUCAGUCACUUCCCAGCUGUGUGACCCUGGGCAAGUCACUUAACCCCCAUUGCCUAGCCCUUACUGCUCUUCUGCCUUGGAACCAAUACACAGUGUUGAUUCCAAGAUGUAAGGUAAGGGUUUUAAAAAAAUAAAAAAUAAAAGAGCUGGGAAGAUGGGCUUCUGGGACUUUGGGGAAGCAUAGGCUGAGGGACAGACAUCUACAUCCAUGAAAGAGUCUCAAGUUAUGAGAUGGACACUUAGAUCAUUCAGUGGUUAGGGACUGUCUCAUUGAGGGUUCAAUUUGACUGAAGGCAAAUUGGAAGCUGACCUCCACUCACUUUCAUUGUAGGGCGUUUGGGUCACAUGGCUGGCACACCACCUGGAAAAGAUUUUUACCCCAAACCCACUCUCAGUGCUAAACCUGGGCCUGUAUUGGCCCCAGGGGGAAACUUAACUUUGUGGUGCCAAGUGCCAGUUCCAGCCACAAGAUUCAUCUUGAACAAAGUGGGAGAGGUCCAACCAGUCCAGAUUCAGGAAUCCUCGGAGUUUGGAGCUGAGUUCCUCUUUGAAAGGGUGACCCCCACUCAUGGAGGCAGUUAUAGCUGCUGCUACCAGACUUCUUAUAACGUAUGGUCUCAGCCAAGUGACUCCGUGGAAGUGUGGGUGACAGACAUGUUACCAAAGCCCUGGCUCAUAGCAAUGCCAGGACCCGUGGUGGUACCAGGCACCAAUGUGAGCCUGCGCUGCCAUGGCCCACUAGGGGGGAUGAGCUUUGCUCUUUAUCGUGUGGGCUUCCCAGGGCCCCUACAGUACCUCAGUUCCGCCCAGCCUUGGGCUGACUUUUCCCUUCAGGACUUCAUGGCUCCUGGAACCUACAGCUGUUACUACCAUACACCUUUUGCUCCAUACAUCUUGUCUAAGAGGAGUGACCCUUUGAUCAUCAGCUGGUCAGGUUCCACUCCCCAGGAUUAUACUACAGGCAACCUCAUUCGAAUGGGCCUGGCUGGACUGGUCCUCCUCACCCUGGGGACACUGGUGUUUCUAGACUGGAACAGAGGAAGGGGCUGCCAAGACUGAACCUAGAGGUCCCCUUGAGCAACAGAGUUAAAGUAAAGACACUGGGUCUUGAGAUGUGGAAUGGGGUGACAUGACCUGGAGAUAUGAGGGUUCUUUGGAGAAGGAUGAAAAGGUAUUGUGGGAAAGCUUGAUGGGUUUAACUUGUAUUAUUGGGACUAGAAGCUAAAGUAAUGGAAUGGAAUGGAAUGGGCCUCUGCUGUUGGACUUAGAGGUUGGGAUAAAGGAUGGAAAAAUUUGCAAACUUUUCCAUCCUUUAUCAUAAGGUGUGAUAAGUUCCUGACAGUCACAUGCUACAUUAUUACAAUUAAACAUCCACAUUUAUGUCCAUAUUGUAUUUUGAAUAUUCAAAGUUAUAUAUGUAUUUAUAUAUCUACUUUUUGUGCAUUCUAUGAUCUAGUAAUUUUCUUUCUGCAAGCAGAGGUUUAAAAGCAUGAUAUAUGUGUAUAUAUAUGCAUAUAUAUAUACAUUUUAAAACAAACUAUAUAUCUAUCAUGAGUGAAUGACCAAACAAUGACAAUUCUCUAAAGCUAUCUAUCUGUGGGUUUUAAAAUUAGUAAUCAAUAACUAAGUAUUAUAUUUUAUAAAGUUUUAUUAAUAAUAACUAAAACAAAAGAACUACCUG